UUCUCUCUACUGAUAUGCGAGAGCUGAGAAGUAGCCGGGAGAGGCGUCUGGCCUCAGAGGGAGCCCCUGGGGUCUGCCUCGUGCUGUGGUCUAACCCCGUUUGGUUGUUGUGUGGGUCACACCAGUUUCCUGGUGUGCGUGUGUGUUGUUUUUUAUUCAUGAAAAACACCUAAAGCUGGAUGGAGAAGCAAAUUGGUCAGCUGCCAACCUAUUGCACAUCAGCCUUGUAGAAUAUGCUGGGUUUCAAUUUUGUUUUAGUUAUGGUAUUAAGAAAAAUUCCCCCCCCCCCGGUUUAGUCACUAUGGAAUCAAGGAUGUAACGUUUUUCCCCUUUACCCUGAGAAAUGGGAAUUUUACUUUAUCUUGGGAAAACCAUAUCAAGAAGUUAGGCCAACCACAAAAAACAAUGACAACCCACCCCAAAUUCCAACUCACCCCGAGGGGCUGGGGGAGCUAUAGGGAUUGAAAGGGCAUAUAUUAAAUGGAAAUGUUUAUACAGAUAGCCAAGUCAGCACCAAGCCCCGGAUAUUUUACAAGAUUCCAACAAAUACCUUAUUUAAAUCUUUCACUGCAAACACUCUAACUCAAACCAGGACUUUCUCCUACGUAGUUUUAAAAUACAAAUUCUUUCUCUCUCUCCUGUGUUUUCAUCUGGCCUCCGUUCUGAAAUACGUGAAGGAAAAUGCCCCAUUUUCGCCUCUCUAUCCCGGCCUUUACUUAUUUUUGUGAAACUUUCCAGGGAGAGGGUUUAUUCUGGAAAUAGGCAAGAGGACUUUGGCUGCAUCCCAUAAAGAAACAAAGACAGACACACACAGUAUAUGUACAACUUACGGAUGUUUGUAGACAUACCUAUGUAUCCACCAGAUUUUUUCCAGAUUAAUUCUGGAGGGUGUAAAGAGAGAGAGGAAAAAUGGAGGGAGGAUAGAAAGAGAGAUUAACAAAGUUCCUGCUUGAUCACUGAAGGUAAUUGCUGCUCCCACUGAUAUCGCUGACACCACCAGGAUAUUGCUGAGAGUUGCAUACAUUCGCUAGGGUUUUACAGAUCUUAUAAGCAGCAGCCGGAAAUGCAGCAAAAUGGUAUCAAUAGACUUUCUCCAGCCACUGUAGAAUUCAGGGUUUUAAAGGUAAUUCAGGAGGCUUCACAAAUGCAACCAUAAAAAUGCCACUGGGACGCUACUGCGUUUUUUUUUUAUUAAGAGAUAGAUCCAUCUGCUGGGAAGUCAAAGAUCUAGAGGAAACACCUCUUGGAAAGAUAUCCUGGAUGGUGCCUUUCAUUCAUUUACUGUCUGGGGAAUGUAAGGGGGUAGAUAACCAAGAGUUUCAAGCAGCUUCCAGCAUUUCUAGGGGCAGCUAUCAUAACUCCAUCCAGGACAUGAGCUCCCCAGCUUUUGGGCUCGCCGAGCCCUGACGGGGCGCAGAUUUCGACCUUUGAAGAUGUAUCAGUUAAUUCAAACGUUCAGAAAGCCAGGUUUCGAUCAUUUAGUCCUCUGGAUUCCGAACAGGGCCAGAGCUGCCUAGCCCCUUCGGGUACUGGCCCACGGCCUUGUUCAAUAGAGGAGUCUUUUUAGUAAGUAAAACACUCCUCUCUGGAUUUCGAUUUCAGUGUGUAAACAGCAGCGCUGAACUGCGGGAAAGGAAACGGGAACAUUUUGAUGGGUCAGGAAAGCUGAGAGGGGAUAGGGAGAGGCCCUUACAGGCUUUGGGUGCCCCUACACCUUUGAAGCUCGCCUCUUUUUUGCAAUUUCCUUCUUUUCUCUGCAGGAAAUGGCUGGAUUCGGGAUCUCUUUUUUGGGACUUAGGCUGUGGGAGGAAAGCGGGGAUUUGUGGGCCAUUGUGGCCCAGAUGUCCGGGGCCUCAAAGGGGACAUGGGAAAGUCCGAGUGGGGCGGCAGUAGAUGUGCUUAGUCCUAUUAUUACUUUUUUUAAUGGAAUGGGGAGGCCUGCGGGAGGAGACAGGGAUCAGGAACAUCAUUUAGGACAGCGGCUGUGCCUGACGCUCAGGUCAAGGAAAGCUCGAGUCUCCCUUUCCUCCCGUUACCAGGCUGGGCUCAACGGCUUGUCCUCAGGCCUCGUUGGGGGGCAACAUGAGGGGAAGAGGUGGCCUCCUCUGCUUCCCAAGUUGCAGUGAGCAAACAAGAGACUCGAGCUUUCUCCCUCCCCCAAAGCAUACGGUGGGGCUUCAGCGCCCACGGGUGGGAGUUGAGGGAGAGGUAAACGUAGGGACCCCCUGACCUCGGCCUCCCCCGGUGGAGCCUAACUCGUCAAAUGUGUCCCUUUCUGCAGUUACAGUGAGCAGGGUCCUGUUCGAGUGGCAGGGGAAAAUGAAAAGAGAUAUGGGGGGGGGGUGAUCUGUUGUUGUCACUGCCCCUCCUGGCUGAAUGUCUGUCAGAGUUCCAAUUUCUUAUGAGAGAGAGAAAGAGAGAGAGAGAGAGAGAGAGAGAGAGAGAGAGAGAGAGAGAGAGAGAGAGAGAGAGAGAGAGAGAGAGAUGCAGAGAGAGAGAGAGAGAGAGAGAUGCAGAGAGGCCUGGGCCAGGAGCCUGGAGGGCCCUCAAAACCCCCUGGGCCCCGAGGUCGGCCCCCUCCCCAGCGGCCCUGGGCUGGCGUUCCGGGAAGAGAGGCGGGCGGGUAGGCUGGCUGUGCGUGCCCAUUAAUCUGCCGGGUGUGCGGGCUGGGGGUUGUUUGUAACUUUGCUGGCUCGGUCGCCGCGGGUCCCCGGGGAGCGGGCUCCACGGCUCGCUCCCAUUGGCCACUGCGCCGUCAGCUGGUGCUAUUUGCUGCUGUCGCUUUUGGCGCUCGGCCAUCCAGAAACAAACCAGUUCGAUGACUACUAAUAGUUAUAGCCAGAUGUACUAAUACACAACAAAUCACAGUCCUGCAGAGGGGAGCGCAAAUGAGUUCCUAUUUUGUGAAUCCCACUUUCCCUGGGAGCCUGCCUAAUGGACAGGACUCCUUCCUCGGGCAAAUCCCCCUCUAUCCAGCUGGCUAUGAUGCUCUGAGGCAUUUCCCCGCUUCUUAUGGGGCAUCGAGUCUCCAGGACAAGACAUACACCUCACCUUGUUUCUAUCAACAGUCCAACACGGUCAUUGCUUGCAAUCGAGCGUCCUAUGAGUACGGCACCUCUUGUUUCUAUUCAGAGAAGGACUUGAGUAGCGUCUCUCCCUCGGGCAGUGGCAAACAGAGGGGCCACGGGGAAUAUCUGCACUUUUCUCCUGAGCAACAAUACAAAUCCGAAAGCAGCGUGCAGGGCAAAAUCUUAAAUGACGAAGGCAGCGACCGGAAGUACACAAGUCCUGUUUAUCCCUGGAUGCAGCGGAUGAAUUCCUGUGCUGGUACUGUGUAUGGCACCCACGGCCGAAGGGGAAGGCAAACUUACACGAGAUACCAAACCCUCGAAUUGGAAAAGGAAUUCCAUUUUAACCGAUACCUGACGCGAAGGCGCCGCAUUGAGAUCGCCAACGCGCUCUGCCUCACAGAACGACAAAUCAAAAUAUGGUUCCAAAACAGGAGAAUGAAAUGGAAAAAAGAGAACAAACUCAUAAAUUCCACACAGCCCAGCAGCGAAGAAACAGAGGAGAAGGCAGGGGGAGUAGAAUAACGAAUGCAUCAGCAAAGUUCCCAGGCCUUCCCCCCUUCUUAGCGGCUUUCUCCCUUGUGUUCUCAUUCUGCCAACGCUAUUGCUGCCCUAAGUAUCCACAGUCUGUUGAUUUCUAAAGCUGGAGGAGAGGCUAUAUAUUUGCA